GGCACCCCCAGGAUACUCCCCAACACCCGGACCUUCAACCACAGCUGCACCAAAAGUUUGCAUCUACAAAGGAAACAUGUACCAACAGGGACAACAAUGGCAAGAUGGCUGCAACUACAACUGUGAAUGUAUUGAUGCCAUGUCAGGACAAUACAAAUGUACAGAAGUCUGUGCCAAAUAUGAUGACCUUCCAGCUGGCUGUAGAAUGAUCACUGACCCAUACAAUCCUUGUUGUAAAAAACCAUACUGCCCAGCCAUUAAUGUCCCCACACCAGCUCCACCAGGUGUCUCCACAAUGGCUCCUACACCAGCACCAAAAACUGGCUGUAUGUAUAAUGGUGUGAGGUUUAGUGUGGGAGAACACUGGAAUGAUGGUUGUGACUUACAGUGUGUAUGUGAAGAUGAAAUGACCGGAUUCUACAGAUGUAAUGACAGAUGUAGAAAUUAUGAUGCACCAGAAGAAUGUACCUUGGUAACAGAUCCACGAGAUGCUUGCUGUAAAGUUCCAUACUGCCCAACACCUACCACACCUAAACCUUGGUAUCCAGGAAUGGUACCAACACCAGCUCCUGGAUUCACAUAUGCACCUGGUAAAGAACCAACACCAGCACCAGGUCUUACCUAUGCACCAGGCAUGUUCCCAACAUGGGUUCCAGGUAUGGUUCCAACACCAGCACCAGGUUACACAUAUGCACCUAACAAGCUACCAACACCUGCACCAGGGUUAACAUAUGCUCCUGGUCUUUAUCCUACAUGGGUUCCAGGAAUGCAACCCACACCAGCACCAGGUUUUACGUAUGCUCCAAACAAGAUACCUACACCAGCACCAGGGUUUACAUAUCCACCAGGCAAAUUCCCAACCUGGGUACCAGGCAUGGUACCAACUCCAGCACCUGGAAUUACCUAUGCUCCAGAUAAAAUACCAACGCCAGCACCAGGAAGCACAUACCCUCCAGGAAUGUACCCAACAUGGGUACCUGGAAUGGUACCAACACCAGCCCCAGGUUAUACUUACGCUCCAAAUAAGAUACCAACACCUGCUCCAGGAUUCACAUAUCCGCCAGGCCAGUUCCCAACAUAUGUACCAGGCAUGGUUCCAACACCAGCACCAGGUGUUACAUAUGCACCAUGGAAAAUACCAACACCAGCUCCAGGAAGAACAUAUGCACCAGGCAUGUUCCCAACAUGGAUACCUGGCAUGGUUCCAACACCAGCCCCAGGUGUGACAUAUGCUCCAAACAAGAUACCUACACCAGCUCCUGGAAGCACAUACAAACCAGGUUAUUUCCCAACUUACGUACCAGGUAUGGUACCAACACCAGCACCAGGUUUUACAUAUGCUCCAAAUAAAAUACCAACACCAGCUCCAGGAUCCACUUAUGCACCAGGCAAGUUCCCAACAUGGGUUCCAGGUAUGGUACCAACUCCAGCUCCUGGAUAUACUUAUCCUCCAUUCUUGGUACCUACACCAGCACCAGGUAUGACAUAUGCUCCAGGAAAAUUCCCAGUGAUCACUCCAAGUGCAUACCCAACACCAGCACCAGGCCAGACAUUCCCAACAUGGCAUCCAGGUAUGGUUCCAACUCCAGCCCCAGGACAGACCUAUGCACCAAACCUUAUUCCAACACCAGCUCCAGGAAGAACAUAUGCUCCUAACCAGUUCCCGACAUAUGUUCCCGGAAUGGUUCCAACACCAGCACCAGGAAAAACUUUUGCACCAUGGUUGGUACCAGGAUUUACUCCAGCACCAGGAUCUACAUAUGCACCAUUCCAGUACCCAACAUGGGUACCAGGAAUGAUCCCAACACCAGCACCAGGUGUAACCUAUGCUCCAGGAAAGAUUCCAACCCCAGCACCAGGACAAACUUAUGCACCAGGAUUCUUCCCAACCUGGGUACCAGGAAUGGUUCCAACACCAAUGCCAGGAAUGACAUUCGCACCAAAUAAAAUACCAACUCCAGCACCUGGAAGUACUUAUGCACCUGGUAAAUUCCCAACAUGGGUUCCAGGCAUGGUUCCAACACCAGCACCUGGUGUAACUUAUGCUCCAUGGAAAAUACCUACACCAGCACCAGGCAGCACAUAUGCACCUCUCAAAUACCCUACAUGGGUUCCAGGUAUGGUUCCUACCCCAGCACCAGGUGUUACAUAUGCUCCAAAUAUGAUACCAACACCAGCACCAGGCUAUACAUUUGCUCCAGGUCAAUUCCCUACAUAUGUACCGGGUAUGGUACCAACACCAGCACCAGGCAUGACAUAUGCACCUAAUAUGAUACCAACACCAGCACCUGGAAGUACAUAUGCUCCUGGAAAAUUCCCAACAUACAUUCCAGGUGUCAUGGUACCUACACCAGCUCCAGGUUUUACAUAUGCACCUAACUUAAUUCCAACACCAGCUCCGGGCAGUACAUAUGCACCAGGUAAAUAUCCAACAUGGAUCCCUGGCAUGGUACCAACACCAGCACCUGGUGUUACAUAUGCUCCCAACUUGAUACCAACACCUGCACCAGGAUAUACAUAUGCACCAGGCAAGUUCCCAACAUGGGUUCCAGGUAUGGUACCAACACCAGCUCCAGGUGUGACAUUUGCUCCAAACAAGAUACCUACACCAGCUCCUGGAUUCACAUAUCCACCAGGCCAGUUCCCAACUUAUGUACCAGGCAUGGUACCAACACCAGCACCGGGUGUUACAUAUGCACCAUGGAAAAUACCAACACCAGCUCCAGGAAGCACAUAUCCACCAGGUAUGUUCCCAACAUGGGUGCCAGGAAUGGUUCCCACUCCAGCCCCAGGUGUAACAUAUGCUCCAAACAAGAUACCGACACCAGCCCCAGGAAGCACAUAUAGACCAGGCUAUUUCCCUACAUGGGUUCCAGGUAUGGUUCCAACACCAGCACCAGGUGUGACAUAUGCUCCAAAUAAAAUACCAACACCAGCUCCAGGCAGUACAUAUGCACCAGGCAAGUUCCCAACAUGGGUUCCUGGCAUGGUUCCAACACCAGCCCCAGGCUACACAUAUCCUUCUUUCUUGGUUCCUACACCAGCACCAGGUAUGACAUAUGCUCCAGGAAAAUUUCCAACAGUGUUACCAAGUGCAUACCCAACACCAGCACCAGGCCAGACAUUCCCAACAUGGCAUCCAGGUAUGGUUCCAACUCCCAAACCAGGACAGACCUAUGCACCAAACUUAAUUCCAACACCAGCUCCAGGAAUAACAUAUGCUCCUAACCAGUUCCCAACAUAUAUUCCAGGAAUGGUACCAACACCAGCUCCAGGUCAGACUUUUGCACCAUGGUUAGUACCUGGAUUCACCCCAGCACCAGGAAGUACCUAUCCACCAUUCAAGUAUCCAACAUGGGUACCAGGAAUGAUCCCAACACCAGCACCAGGUGUCACAUAUGCUCCAGGAAAGAUUCCAACUCCAGCACCAGGACAAACAUAUGCACCAGGGUUCUACCCAACCUGGGUACCAGGAAUGGUUCCAACACCAAUGCCAGGACAAACUUUUGCUCCAAAUAAAAUACCAACUCCAGCACCUGGAAGUACUUAUGCUCCAGGUAAAUUCCCAACAUGGGUUCCAGGCAUGGUUCCAACACCAGCACCAGGUGUAACAUAUGCACCAAACAUGAUACCAACUCCUGCACCAGGAAGAACUUAUGCCCCUGGAAAAUACCCUACAUAUGUACCAGGCAUGGUACCAACACCAGCACCAGGUGUGACAUAUGCACCAAACAUGAUACCAACACCAGCUCCAGGAUCCACUUAUGCACCAGGCAAGUUCCCAACAUGGGUUCCAGGCAUGGUUCCAACACCAGCACCAGGUGUAACUUAUGCACCAAAUAUGAUUCCUACACCAGGUGGUGGCGGCACAUAUGCUCCAUUGAAAUACCCAACAUGGGUACCAGGUAUGGUGCCCACACCAGCACCAGGAGUAACAUAUUCUCCAGAAAAGAUUCCAACUCCACACCCAGGCUAUACAUAUGCUCCAGGCAAAUUCCCAACAUAUGUUCCAGGCAUGGUCCCAACUCCAGCUCCAGGCAUGACAUAUGCACCUAAUAUGAUACCAACACCAGCACCUGGAUUCACAUAUGCUCCAGGAAAAUUCCCAACAUACAUUCCAGGACUCAUGGUUCCAACACCAGCACCAGGAGUUACAUAUGCACCAAACAUGAUACCAACACCAGCCCCCGGAAGUACAUAUCCACCAGGAAUGUUCCCUACAUAUGUUCCAGGCAUGGUGCCAACACCUGCACCAGGAGUUACAUAUGCACCUAAUAUGAUACCAACACCUGCACCAGGAAGAACCUAUGCCCCAGGACAAUACCCUACAUAUGUACCAGGCAUGGUACCAACACCAGCUCCAGGUGUAACAUAUGCACCAAACAUGAUACCAACUCCUGCACCAGGAAGAACUUAUGCCCCUGGAAAAUACCCUACAUAUGUACCAGGCAUGGUACCAACACCAGCACCAGGUGUGACAUAUGCACCAAACAUGAUACCAACACCAGCUCCAGGAUCCACUUAUGCACCAGGCAAGUUCCCAACAUGGGUUCCAGGUAUGGUACCAACUCCAGCUCCAGGAUAUACUUAUCCUCCAUUCUUGGUACCUACACCAGCACCAGGUAUGACAUAUGCUCCGGGUAAAUUCCCAGUGAUCACUCCAAGUGCAUACCCAACACCAGCACCAGGCCAGACAUUCCCAACAUGGCAUCCAGGUAUGGUUCCAACUCCCAAACCAGGACAGACCUAUGCACCAAACUUAAUUCCAACACCAGCUCCAGGAAUAACAUAUGCUCCUAACCAGUUCCCAACAUAUAUUCCAGGAAUGGUACCAACACCAGCCCCAGGACAAACAUUUGCACCAUGGUUGAUACCAGGAUUCACCCCAGCACCAGGAUCUACCUAUCCACCAUUCAAGUACCCAACAUGGGUACCAGGAAUGAUCCCAACACCAGCACCAGGUGUCACAUAUGCUCCAGGAAAGAUUCCAACUCCAGCACCAGGACAAACAUAUGCACCAGGGUUCUACCCAACCUGGGUACCAGGAAUGGUUCCAACACCAAUGCCAGGACAAACUUUUGCUCCAAAUAAAAUACCAACUCCAGCACCUGGAAGUACUUAUGCUCCAGGUAAAUUCCCAACAUGGGUUCCAGGCAUGGUUCCAACACCAGCACCAGGUGUAACUUAUGCACCAAAUAUGAUUCCUACACCAGGUGGUGGCGGCACAUAUGCUCCAUUGAAAUACCCAACAUGGGUACCAGGUAUGGUGCCCACACCAGCUCCUGGUGUGACAUAUGCUCCUAACAUGAUUCCAACUCCAGCUCCAGGAUAUACAUAUGCUCCAGGCAAAUUCCCAACAUAUGUUCCAGGCAUGGUACCAACACCAGCUCCAGGUUACACAUAUGCUCCUAACAUGAUACCUACUCCAGCACCAGGAAUGACAUAUGCUCCAGGAAAAUACCCAACAUGGGUACCAGGAAUGAUUCCUACUCCAGCACCAGGUGUUACUUUUGCACCUUGGUAUGUUCCAACACCAGCUCCACACAGCACAUAUGCUCCAGGGAAAUUCCCAACAUGGGUUCCAGGUAUGAUUCCUACACCAGCACCAGGUGUUACUUAUGCACCCAACAUGAUUCCAACUCCAGCUCCAGGAUAUACAUAUGCUCCAGGCAAAUACCCAACAUAUGUACCAGGCAUGGUACCAACACCAGCACCAGGCCGUACCUUUGCUCCUAACAUGAUACCAACACCAGCACCUGGAUUCACAUAUGCACCAGGAAAAUUCCCUACAUAUAUUCCAGGCCUUAUGGUACCAACUCCAGCACCAGGGUUUACCUAUGCACCAAACAUGAUUCCAACACCAGCUCCUGGAUACACAUAUGCACCAGGCAAAUACCCGACAUGGGUUCCAGGAAUGGUUCCCACACCCGCACCAGGCUACACAUAUUCUCCUGACAAAGUACCAACACCUGCUCCAGGAGCAACAUAUGCUCCAGGAAAGUUCCCAACACCAGCACCAAAUCCUUAUCCAGUACCAACUGCUCUUCCAGGAACAUUCCAGGGAUCUGGUGUCAAUGGAAACAAAUCUGGAUGUGUACAUUAUGGUGUUGUAUAUAAUGCUGGUCAAACAUGGAAGGAUGGCUGUAAAUAUGAUUGUGAAUGUUUAGAUGACCAUACUGGUAGAUACGAAUGCAAAGAAAGAUGUCCAUUGUUCUUGAACAUCCCAUCUUAUUGCCGAUUGGUAGUUGAUCCAAAUGAUGCUUGCUGUAAGAUACCAGUGUGCCAGAAACCAACACCAGCUCCUGUUCCAACCCCAUCCCCACAACCUCAGCCAACACCAGCACCUGUACCUGGAGUAUCAACACCACAACCACAGUCUGUCUCAGGCGUGCCAGGUGUCAUUUCAGGCUCAGGCACUCAACCUACACCAAAGAUUGGCAGUUUCACCUCUAAACCAAGUGAGGGCUGUGUGAUGAAUGGUGUACACUAUGUAGCUGGUCAGAGUUGGUACAACGGCUGUGACCAGAAAUGUGUGUGCGAAGAUGGAAAGACUCAUUUCUACAGAUGUUAUGACAGAUGUGCCAAGUUCCCAACAAUACCAACUGGCUGUAAAAUGGUACCAGACCCGAAGGAUCCAACCUGCUGUGAGGUUCCACAAUGUAUACCAAUCCCAGGACCAGGAAAGACUCUCCCAACAGGAGGUCCACAGACUAUUACCGGAGUACCAGGCGUGAUCUCAGGCUCAGGAACUCCACCAGCACCAACCCCAGAUGUCAAUGGCUUCACCUCGGCUCCCAAGAAUGUAUGCGUGUAUCAAGGUAGAAUGUACACACAAGGACAGAAAUGGCAAGACGGAUGCAAGUACGACUGUAUCUGUACAGAUGGUAUGACCGGCAAAUAUGAAUGUACCGAAAGAUGUGCUGCCUUCCCAUUGGUUCCACCAGAGUGCAAGUUACAGAGAGAUCCAAAUGACGUCUGCUGUUUUGUACCAGUCUGUGACUACAACCAGACAUCACCAACACUACCAGCACCAGUUUCUCCAGGAGUAUCCACACAGUUACCUCCCCUACCACAAUCAUUCUGUGUAUACAAGGGAGUACCAUAUAGUCAGGGACAAACUUGGGAUGAUGGAUGCCAAAAGAAAUGUCGUUGUGAUGAUGCUGACAACAAUAUCUAUACUUGCUUUGACAGAUGCAAGUCCUACAACAACCUGGGCACAGGCUGUACAAUGGUUAUUGAUCCAACUGAUGCCUGCUGCCAGGUACCAAGAUGUACAUACAUUCCUACACCAGCUCCACAACCAGGAACCACUGUCAAUCCACCAACCGUCUGCCCAUACCCAAUGCCAACAGCGGUACCAGGUGUAAUCAGCGGAGGUCCACAACCAGACCCCGUCACUGGAGUCUUACCAUCAAAUGUUGGAUAUUGUGAGUACAAGGGAACCCAAUACAGACAAGGACAGAGCUGGGAUGAUGGUUGCUCAUUUGUUUGUUCAUGUAUAGAUUCUAGCAGCGGACAAUACCAAUGUACUGAGAAAUGUCCACGCUAUGUUGGCCUACCAUCCUACUGUACAAUGGCCCAGGAUCCAAACAACAAAUGUUGUACAAAACCAGCCUGCAAUGUUUGCCCACACACCCCAGCACCUGUUACUGGUGGCCCAGCUCCUCUUUCAACACCAGCACCUAAAGAAGUUUGUGUUAUGAAUGGUAAACAGUAUACAACUGGACAGAAAUGGUACGUCGGUUGCGACAAAUACUGCGUCUGUGACGACGGAAAGACUGGCGCAAUUAGCUGUAAUGACAGAUGUCCAAGUUAUCCACAACAACCUGGUUGCACCAUGGUACCUGAUCCAAGAGAUCCCGUCUGCUGUUUGACUCCCAGUUGCCCAGGCAACACAGGAGUGUUUGGACAGGUUAAUGGUUCAGGAACACCAGCUCCACAGAUGAUUCCAAGCCCACAACCAGGAUCCACAUUUGUUCCUCCUUCCCAGCCACCAAAGGUGUGCGUAUACAAGGGUACAAUGUACACUCAAGGACAGAAAUGGCAAGAUGGUUGCCAGUUUGAAUGUGUUUGUGAUGAUGCCAUGUCUGGUCAUUACCACUGUACUGACAGAUGUCCACGAUACCCGAGCCUGCCAUCUUCAUGCACUCUUGUGUAUGAUCCUAUUAACCCAUGUUGCAAGAAACCUGAAUGCCCCACUACCCCAGUACCUAUGCCAGGUCAGUCGCCAACGCCAAAUCCAAACCCCACACCAGCUACACAGUUCUGUGUGUACCAAGGUGUGCCAUUGAGACAGGGUCAGACAUUCAACCAGGGUUGUGACAAGGUCUGUAAAUGUGAAGAUGCUAUGACAGGAAAGAUUACAUGUGAUGAUAGAUGUCCAACUUACCCAGCACUGACACCUAACUGCACAUUGACCACUGAUCCCAAUGACCAGUGUUGCCAGAUCCCACAAUGCACCACAAAGACAGGUGUCGUAGGUGUGCCAGGUGUCAUCUCCGGCUCAAACCUACCAACAAACAACCCAUACAACCCAGGAACUACCGGUAACAGAAAUGGCUGUGUGUAUGGUGGAAACGUGUACACACAAGGUCAGACAUGGGAUGAUGGAUGUACGUACACAUGUGAAUGUCUCGAUGCAUCAACUGGUAGAUACAGAUGUACUGAAAAGUGUCCAAGGAAUCCACCUCUACCAUCCUUCUGUACUUUGACCCAGGACCCAAUGAACAAGUGUUGCCAGAAACCAUUCUGUCAACCACCCACUGUGCCACCAUCACCCAGCAGUGUACCCAAUCCAUCAGCAACACCUGCCCCACCACAAAAUGUGUGUGUAUACAAGGGAAGCACCUAUCAACAAGGUCAACAAUGGUAUGAUGGUUGUGACUAUAUUUGCAGAUGUGAAGAUUCAGGCAAGAACUUCCACAACUGCAAGCAAAGAUGUGCCAAGUUUGACAGCAUUCAGCCAGGUUGCACACUUGUACCCGACCAGAAAGAUCCAACAUGUUGCCAGAGACCAAGCUGUCCACUCUUGCCACCCACAGGACCAAAUCCAACCCCCGGAAUUAUCACUGCUGCCCCACAACCUGGUGGUGUUAUCACAGGUGUCAACCCCACACCAAGCCCAGGAAGUACCAAUCCAGGAACAAGAAAGGGAUGUGUCUAUAAGGGUCAAGUGUUCCAUCAAGGAGACAAGUUUGAUGACGGUUGUGAUUAUGAAUGUGAAUGUCUUGAUGAAAAUACUGGACAAUACAAAUGUGUUGAGAAAUGCCAGAAAUAUUCCUCUAUACCAAAUGAGUGUGUUCUUGUACAAGAUCCCAAGAAACCUUGCUGCCAGGUACCAUUCUGUGACUUCACCAACCCAACACCAUUCCCAGGAGGUGUACCAACCCCUGCCCCCGCCCAAACACCAUCACCUAAACCAGGUGUAAUCACGGUAGCACCAUACAUUAUACCUGGUGUGACCAAUACACCAAGACCAGGUGUGAACCCCUCACCAACUCCAGGUCCAACAUUUACAACUGCCAAACCACAAGGUUACUGUGUAUACAAGGGUGUAUACUACACACAAGGACAGACAUGGGACGAUGGUUGUGAUAAGAGAUGUAGAUGUGAAGAUGUAAUGAAGGGCUACUACACAUGCAACCAAAGAUGUGCGUCCUACCCAGUUUCAUCAUGCCCAUUGAAGGCCGACCCAGCUGACUCCUGUUGUUUGAUUCCUGACUGCAACACUGGCAAGAUUCCAACACCAAUGCCAACACCAGGUCCCGGUCAGUCUACCAUCAAUCCUUUCAUCACACCUAAACCAAUCUCUGGAUCAUUCACUGGAAACAGUGGUGGAAACCCUGUUGUUGUUCCAUUCCAACCAGGAACCGGAAGUACCGGGUCUUCACCUGCGUGUGUAUACAAGGGUAUGAUCUACACACAAGGACAACAAUGGAAUGAUGGAUGUAGCUAUGUCUGUGAAUGUGUGGACGCCUCACGAGGACAAUACAAAUGCAAUGACAGAUGUCCAAAAUAUCCUUACCUACCACCACAAUGCCACUACAAACAGUCCACCACUGAUGCUUGCUGCCAGGAACCAGAAUGUAACACUUAUAUUCAACCAUCAACUCAAGCUCCUGUAAUCACUGUACAACCGGGAACCGGUGUAGGUCCAAGUGGAACUGGUCCAACUAUUAAACCAUCAACUGUGUGUGUAUUCACAAAUGGCAUGCAAUAUGCUCAGGGAGCCACAUGGCAAGAUGGUUGUGACAAGGACUGCAGAUGCACUGAUGCUGCAAAGAACAUCUUUGAAUGUACAGAGAAAUGCCCAGUUUACUCUAGUCUGCCAUCAUUCUGUACUUUGAUUCCUGAUCCAAGCAACACUUGCUGUAAGAAACCACUCUGUACAUUACCAAGUGGCCAGACAUUGUCACCAGUAUCUGGAACUGCCACCCCACCACCACACUCACUCCAGGUCCUUCCUGUUGGCACUCAUGUUGUCAUCAACGGCUACAGCAAACCACAACCAGGACAAAUGAUCUCCGGUGGUAGAGACCAGUGUGUAUACAAGGGCUCUCUGCACACUCAGGGAACAUCAUGGGAAGAUGGCUGUAAAUUUAUAUGUACCUGCGAGAAUGGUAAAACAGGAAUGUACAGAUGUACCUCCAAGUGUCCAGAAUAUCCACAGCUACCAAACUACUGUAAAUCUGUGACAGUACCAGGUCAGUGUUGCCCAACACUGACAUGUGAUAUUCCAGGCUACGGCACAUACAACCCAGUACCACAGCUGGUACCCACACCACGACCAUCCAAUUCUCCAUCAGGCUCCACACCAGAUCCACAGAUCAUUGUAAUGCCACAAAAUCCAGUAAGCGGAGGUCACUAUCCAGGAGGCGGAUAUUACCUACCUAAUGCCACAAGACCAGAUGUAACCGGUUCUAUCAGAGACAAAUGCGUGUACAAGAAUCAACUAUACAACCAAGGAGAGACAUGGAAUGAUGGUUGUGAUUAUAAAUGUCAGUGUAUGGAUAGUAGGACAGGAUACUAUGUUUGUAACCCACUUUGCCCAGUUUACAACAAUUUACCGUCUAACCAGUGCUACUUGGUGAAGGCAGACGGUCAAUGUUGUUCUCAGCCAAUGUGUUAUGAUCCAAACAAGAAGGAAGUUGUUAAUCCACUGACCAGUAGCUCAGUGUUCCCAGUUGUGGGCACCUAUACUGGUGGCUUCACUGGCUUCAGACCAUACUCAUCACCUGGACAAACAAGUGGACAAAGCAAUGCUUGUGUCUACAAGGGUACUGUUUACGGUCAAAAUGCUAAAUGGGAUGAUGGGUGCGACUUUACAUGUACUUGCUUAGAUGAAAAACAAGGAAUGUACUCAUGCUCUGCCAAAUGUCCAGUGUAUACCAACAUUCCACCAGUAUGUAGACUAGAGGCUCAGACUGGAAGCUGCUGUAAGAGAGUGGUAUGUAACACAAACCCUGGCGUUACCAGACCACCUGGACUAACACCAAACCCACCAACCACAGCACAGCCUAUAGUCGACCCACUUUGCCAUGACAAUAUAAACAACUGUAAGGAUUAUGGAAAGGACGCUUGUGGCUCCAUUUACAAGGACUGGGCGACAAGAAACUGUCCAAUGACAUGCCAAAUUUGCUACCCAAGUUUCACAACACCACAGCCACAGUGUAUUGACAAACUGUCCGACUGUAAGGACUAUGGCUUACAGGCAUGUUCUGGCAUCUACGAACCAUGGGCACAAGAUAACUGCAGGAAGUUCUGCGGUCUCUGUGCAACCACAGCACCACCAUUCUCUGGACAGCCAGUUAUAACAACGCCAUCUCCAUCUGGUCCAUGUGUGGAUAACCUACCAUCGUGUAAACUACUUGACACAAGCUUCUAUUGUAGUGGGGAAUAUUAUGGCUAUGCUCUUCAGAAUUGUAGGAAGACAUGUAACCUGUGUAAUGAAACAUUGACAACAACAACUGUUCCUGCACCAGUCACUGCUGAUGCAUCUAAAUGGAUGCUCUUCCUUAAGGGUGUUGCUGGGGCAACUGGUCCAGAUCUUUACCAGUUGUGGCACUCAAGCCAGACAAUGAACCCGAAUGUACCACAGGCCCAAACCCUUACCUCUGAAUUCAAGGGCCAUUACAAACCAGACUAUUCUAACCACUGGAAGGAUCUCUGCAUUGACAAGGUCAAGGUAGCAAUCUACAAUAAUGGUGUCGAGAAGGCAAAUAUUAUUUUCAAUGCAGUUGGUGCUGACAAGAACAGCUGGUUCACUUCUGACAGGAUUAUUUCCUCAACAUGGACAGAUAUUAAGACAGCCCAGAAAGAAAUCUUCAGUCUUGCAGGUGAUGCAAAUACUGGCAGAGAGUUCUAUGUUAGUGGUCAGUCAUCAAAGACAGACAAUUGUGACUCUUUCGGCUGGAUCAUGGUCUCAACCAAAUCCUCUUGCUUCUAUGAAGCCGGUGACAAGAAACCAACUUUCUACUAUGCUCCUGGAACCAGCCAGGCUCAUUGGGGAUUCACCAAUCCUGGUACUGGUGAUGUAUUUGCUAUCCAGGCCCAUUCUCAAUGUCCACCAGGAAGCGUAAUUACCCAAGGUCCCGCAUCCGGAACCGGCCCAACGCAAGCAGCAGUAUGUGAAUAUAAGAAUAAACAAUACACUCAAGGCCAGCACUGGACUGAUGGUUGCCAGUAUAACUGCAGCUGCGAGGAUGCUGCCAUAGGCUACUACAGAUGUAGAAACCUAUGUCCACAGUACUUAAACAUUCCACCAGGUUGUAAACUUGUGACCAAUCCCGGUGAAUGUUGUGCUAAACCAGAUUGUGGUACACUUACCCUGUCUACAAUGAAACCCCAGAUUGUAGUUGGCGGAACAACAUUCUGUACAUACAAGGGACAAUAUUACACUCAGGCUCAGACAUGGAAUGAUGGUUGCAGUCAGUCAUGUACCUGUACAGAUGCUGAUAGAGGAAUGUACUCUUGCAGAGCUGUAUGUUUGAACUGGAAUAACUUACCUAGCAUCUGUCACUUGGAGGACCCAGCCCCACCACUCUGCUGCCAACAACCUAAGUGCCCAAGUGGUGUCAUUAUCAACAUUCCAAAGGCAUACAAGGACCAAUAUCCAGGAUACAGUUAUGUUUAAAUAAAAUCAGACAAUGUAAAUUCUUAACAUUACCUGAUAUUUAUAAAAUGCUUUAUAUUUAUGAAUGAAUUUGAUUUUAAUAAAAGUAAAUUGUAUUAACAUAUCAAA